ACAAUCCGCACAUAACCCGCCCGCAGCUUUGCCCCUCAUUCUGCUGCCAAACGAAGAAAGUCCCCGGAUCAGCCCUAAUAAGGACAACUCAGGAAGGAGUUAGGCGUGUCGAGCUCUUGUGUGCUGCACGGUUUUUGCUCCCUGGGAGGCGCCGAGGCUAGCGUUCCUCGCGGCGGGAUUGGAAGUCUUCGCCUCUCGGCAGUUUAGGAAGCACCGGCAACAUUUACGUCCCAACAUGCAGGAUCCUAAUGCAGACACAGAGUGGAAUGACAUCCUACGUAAAAAGGGCAUUCUUCCUCCAAAAGAGAAGUUGGAAGAACAGAGGCAGGCAGAAGAGGAAAGGGAGCAGCAGAUCCUGCAGCAGCAGUCAAUAGUGAAAACCUAUGAAGAUAUGACCCUAGAGGAACUAGAAGAAAAUGAAGAUGAGUUCAGUGAGGAAGAUGAACAUGCAAUUGAAAUGUACAGACAACAAAGAAUAGCUGAAUGGAAAGCUUCUCAAUUAAAGAAAAAAUUUGGAGAACUUCUAGAGAUCUCAGGACAGGAUUAUGUCCAAGAAAUCACUAAAGCUGGCAAGGAUAUAUGGGUGAUAUUGCACCUUUACAAGCAAGGCAUUCCUCUCUGUUCCUUGAUAAAUCAACACUUAAAUGGACUUGCAAAGAAAUUCCCUGAGGUCAAGUUUGUCAAAGCCAUCUCUACAACUUGCAUACCCAACUAUCCUGACAGAAAUCUCCCCACAGUCUUUGUCUACCUUGAAGGGGAUAUUAAGGCCCAGUUUAUUGGACCGCUGGUGUUCGGAGGGAUGAACCUGACCAGAGAUGAAUUGGAGUGGAAGAUUUCUGAGUCAGGUGCCAUCAAGACAGACCUGGAGGAAAACCCCAGGAAGCAGAUCCAGGACCAGCUGAUGACAUCAAUUAAAUGUUCUGUUCCAACAGGGAGAGAACAAAGUGACUCAGAAGAUGACUAAGACUUGCUGUAUAUGACAGGCCACCAUGCUUACUGAAGAGGAGGUCCAGUUAGUUCUGUGGGACUUGCAACUAAGAGCUCACAGGGCUGCAGCCUAAAUUCAGUUGGUAGCAUUUUUUUCUUUUUUUAAAAAAUAAGACGUUUUGGUUGCAAGUCUGCAGAGGAGUAACUCACAGAAAGCAGUAUGAUUCAUUCCAUGACACAGGAAAAUGGUUAUGGAGACCCUCUACAUGGAAGUCAAUUAUGGUACUGGUUUGAUGCUAGUGAUAUCUUCUUGCCUGGCUGGUGCUGUUUAAUGAUAUUGCAUUCUUUCCUCUUUUACACAGGCAGACACACCUGUAUCAAUCAAUCAUUAAAUUUAUUCGGCCAAUGACCACUACAAGUUAAAAGCAAGAACUAUUCAAUAAAACAUUUAAGAAUAGAAUUGGUCUAAAAAACAACAUGCUGUUGUGCAUGGUCAUUUCUGUUUUUAUUUUUUAAAAAGAAGUCUGUGACCUUGACAGGUUAGCAGCUUAGCUGCAAUUGGGGAGAAGGCCAUAAACUGAUUUACAAUUCUCAAAUCAUGACUACUUUUUAAAGGACUCUUAUCAAAUACUAAGGAUAGAUUAUCUAUCUGCAGUCCUAGAACUAAUAUUGCUGCCAUGAUCUCUGAAUUAUAGCGGAAGUGGAUACAUUCAGGAUUACCAAAUAUGUCUAUAAUUCUGAAACUUUAGGAAGUUAAUUAUUGUCUAAUGGAAACAUAGCAUAUCAAUCUGUUCUAGAGGCUGCACUUAAAGAUAUCUUAAAAUAACAUUUUUAACUGUACCAAGCAAUAAAGUGCCAUCUUGAAUUCUAAAUAGCUAACUUAUGACAGCUGCAACCACAUUUUAGGUUCUCCUAAGUUGUAAUAAAAUGAUGCAAUACGGUA